AUGUUCGAAUGUACAGCCGACCAGGCCUUUGUUGCUUUGUCAACUGUCAUAAAAGAGUACGCGAAGAUCAAGUUCAGUACGAAGGAUAGUCGCAUUAUCGACAUUAGUAAAGUAGAGAUGGUAUCUGGAAAGAUGAUGGAACAGGGUCCAGUGUUGAUAAUCACAUUUCCAAGCUUUUAUGAUCAACGUUGUAAGGAAUAG